AUGACAGAAACUGAGGACUGGCCUGCGGCUGAUGAACCGGGUGACAUCUUUCCCUCUCGCUCAGAGACCCGUGAUGCAGAAUCCUCGACACCCAAUCUCCACUAUAAGGAGACUUUGGUUGAGGAGCAGAUUGAAAUUGUGGACCUGACUCUUGAUGCGCCAGUCUUCAAGCUGGAUCUGGAUUGCAUUGACCUCACUGGCCUCCCUUUGCACAGGCCCCAGAGCCCAUCCUCGUCAGAGUCCGUCCCGCAAGUGGUGAUUGAGAACAAUGUCUACCGAGAGGGCAUGUCUCUGCUACUUUGCGAUAAAUCAUACCUUCGCAUUGAGCACAUCGUCCAAGGGAGUAACGGAAUCUUCUUCCAUGGCCGACGUCUCUUUGCGACAAGCGAUCCCCGAAUGGAUCGAUAUCUUCCCAAGAAAGCUGGGGAGCUCAUCUGGACCACGCAUUACAUGGAACCAGUCUCCUUUGCUCAGGUCAAUCGGGCUUGUCGCGUCUUGUUCACCAAUUUUCGCACCCUUCCACUGGGUCACACGGGUAUGGUUUGCCGUCUGAAGCUCACGAUCAGAACCCGCGAGGACAAUCCUACCGAUGACCGACAGUUUCUCAACGCUCAAGACUCUUCGAUUGAAUACCUCCAUAUCAACGAGGUCGACCAAGGGUUUGGACUGUCACCAACGGAGUUGCGAGACCGCUGGCGAGGCCGCGGCCAGACGGUGCCCUUUGGAGAGUCUCAGCUGUCACAAAUUGUGAUGGAGAACUCUCCAAUGGACGUUGAUCAACCGCGUCAGGUCAUAGAUCUGACCGCCCCGACUCGCACAUACACAUUUGGUGAUGCCUUUUGUGGUGGAGGUGGAGUGUCGUGUGGCGCGAAGAAGGCAGGGUUGAAUCUGCGAUGGGCAUUUGACAAAGAUCGCCAUGCCAUCAAUACAUACCAGCGCAAUUUCGACGGCGUGACCAUUGAAAAUGCGGAAAUCUUUGAUUUCCUGACAAACCACGCAUCUUUCCUUCGAGUGGACGUCUGUCACUGCUCUCCCCCCUGCCAGACUUUUUCCCCGGCUCACACGGUGCACUGCGAUCGGGACGAAGCCAAUUCGGCUUGUAUCUUCUCCGCCAACGAUCUCAUCAAACAGGCACACCCGCGCAUUCUGACGAUGGAGGAGACAUCGGGACUGUUGGAACGUCAUAAAGAUUAUUUCAAUCGGAUCAUCUUGAACUUGCUGGAUAUUGGGUACUCGGUUCGCUGGGCCGUGUUGGACUGCGUCAACUAUGGGGUGCCGCAAUCUCGCAAGCGGCUAAUCAUCAUUGCCUCUGGUCCCGGAGAAGCCCUUCCCGAGAUGCCCUUGCCUACCCAUGGGCUCCCAGGCUCAGGUCUUGACCCCCUGAACACCAUCCACGAUAGUAUCCAUGACCUUCCGCCUGACGCGCCCGAUCACGAUGUCCAGACAACCCUGGAGCGUUACCGCACCCAGGGAUGGCGAGAUCCCUACAACGCGCACCAGCCCGCAAGAACUGUUACGUGCAGCGGUGGGGAGUUUAACUACCACCCGUCGGGCAAGCGCGGGUUCACGACUCGCGAAUUUGCGUGCCUGCAGACAUUCCCGCGCGAUUUCGAGUUCUCCGAAAAGAACAUUCGUCGACAGAUUGGGAAUGCUGUGCCGCCGAUGUUUGCGGCUGCGAUCUACCGCGAGAUUGCCAAGUCGUUGCGGAAGACCGACGAGCAGGAGGAGGAAGAGAUGAGGGCUGGCCUUAUCAAUCAAUCGGAUCUGCCGAUCUACAUGUGA